AUGGCUGCUCGAAAUCAGUGGUCUACAAAUGUUAAUAAUACAGAAUGUGAUACUGAUGAAGAUAUGAAACCAAUAUUGAUGGAUCCUGGUCGUCAUGAUGUUGAUGAUCGUUUUAUAGACAGAUUAACACAUUACGUGCUCGAUUUAGAUAAAGGUGAAUUGAAGGAACGUCGUGCUCUCGAUGAUGAAAUUGCAUUUUUGCGUGAUCUCUGCCGAUGGCAGAAUGCUCAAGGUCACUGGUAUGAAUUACUUUCACCAACACAAGUCUCGACUGGACAACAACAACAACCACAGGAACACGGUGAAGAGAAAAAGAAGAAAAAAUGCCGUGGGAAUAGAAGGGCACAACGUCUACGUCGAAGACUUCGUCAACAAGGUAUAGAUUCAGAUACAAUUACAGAAUUAGUUAAUCAAAGAAUAAAUCCUCAACAACAAGAACAACAUGAUGAAGCAAUACAAAAUGAUCAAAUUCCACAAUCGACACAACAUAAAGAUAAAUAUGAUAAUAGUACAGUAAAAAAAUCAAUAAAACGUAAAAGAAAUGAAACAUCAGCGAAUAUAAUUGAUAAAUCUUUAAGUCAAUUAUCUAUUUCUCAACCAUCACCAAAAAAACAAAAGAUGGUAAAUAAUGAAAUUGAACAAGUAAUAACAAAUGGAACAUCAGAAACGAAACAUUCAAAAUCUAAAAAACAAAUUAAUCAUACUAAUGGCGAUUCUUAUAUACCUGAUUAUUUAAAAGUAUCAAAUCGUGUAUUUAAACGAAUGUUAAUUAGUUCAUUAGAAGAUGCUAAGGAAAUUGUUAAAGGAUUAAAUUCAAAAGAUAAAAUUAAUUAUAUUCGUCAAUAUGCUUAUUUAAUACAUCGUUUAUUUUAUGUACAAUUACAAGAAACUCAAUGGAAAUAUUAUUAUGAUAUUGGUAUACAAGAAAAUAUUUGGUCUGGACGCGUUUCAAAAAAAUGGGCUGCUAUGAAUAGUAUGAAUUAUACAUAUGGUCGAUCAAAAACAUUAAUUAUACAACGUCUAAAAACGAUUCAACGACAACUUCAACAAGCAUCACAAGCAUUACAACAAUUUGGCAAUCAACCAUUGCCUCAAUGUCUAUCUGAAAUGAAUCCUCCGUUAGAUUUUGAAAAAAUAUCAGUAAUGGUUACAGCUGUUGUUCGAAAAGGUCAACAUAAAUUAAAACAACAAUUUGAACACAAUAAAAAAAUGUUAAAAUUAGACUCAACAGAUCACCUUUUUGUAAAAAAUGUUUAUGAUUUAAAACCAAAUAAACAACAAAUUCGCUCAAUUCGUAAUAUAUGGAAAGCAAUUCAAAAUAAAAAACAAAUGGAAGAACAAAUUGAAAUAUUAAAACAUCGUAUCAAUUCCAAUUGUUUACCACCAGCUUUUAAUCUUCUUGAUUAUACUGUUGAUAAAAUUGAUAAAAUACUUAGCCGAUCAAAACAAUCUGCUACUAAUGAUAAUGAUAACCAGCAACAAACAAUAUUAGCUGCUCGUCGUUUAAAAAAAAUUGGUCGGUUUAAAUAUGAUAUGCUUGAAUUAAGAAUAGCAGCUGGUGAAGACAAAGUACGAUAUUAUGAUAAAAUAGCUAAAAAAGAAAAAAAGAAAUUAUUAAUAAUUACCAAUAAAUUAAAGAAAAAUAAUUCUGAUUCAGAUAUAUUUAAACAAUUAAUGGCAGCUAUUGAAGCACGUGAAAAACAUAUGAUCGAACAUGCUAAUUAUAUUAUACAACAAAAAUUGAAUAUGCUUCUUUCAUUAUUUUUUGCCAAUACAAUUAUACCAUUAUCCAAUGAACAAUUACUUAUUAUUAAUAAAGGUUUAAAAUUUAUUCCACCAUGUCAAAGUCAUUUCUAUUAUCCUCAGCCUAUGGAUGAAAUUAUUGAACAAGAAUACAAGCGACUCUAUACUGAAAAUUGUAAAAAUCUUACUAAUUAUACGUUUUCCACAAAAGAUACACAUGCAACUGAAUUUUUUUCUGAAGUUAAACAUUUCCUUGAAGAACUAUAUACUAAGCCACUACCGAAAAAACUCAAAGUCAAGGCUCGAUAUAUUUAUAAAAUGAUUAAAUCAAUGCAACAAAAAUUACGCAAAGCUAAUAUUGCUGUUGGACAAACGGAUAAAAGUAAAUUAUUUUUCUUUAUUGAUGCACAAGAAUAUGAAGAAAAAAUUAGAAAUUAUAUGUCCAAAACAAAUGCUUAUCAAGAAAUUACAAGUGGUAUUUGUCCAUUAGCUGAUGAUUUACAUUCUGUAUUAACAUUACUCGAUUACUUACUAAAACAUAAUAGAAUUACGAAAGAACAGCAUAAACAAAUGUAUCCAAAUUUAAAAACAUUAGAAUUAGCUCAUAUUUAUUUUAAUCUUAAAGUACAUAAGCCUGAAAUGUCAGUUCGACCUAUUCUUGCUUCAAUCAAUGCACCAGCUAGAAACAUAUCAAGUUUUCUUGAUCAACUUCUUACUCCAAUUUAUAACUAUGUAACAAAAGAUAUUACAUUUAUUAAUAGUAUCGACUUGAUUCG